CCCGCUGAUUUUUCGAGUGCCGAAGGUCCCGCCGAGAGUGCUCGAGCGGCGCUCGCCGCCGAAGGAUAUAGUUCGGUGACGUUUGUGUGUGCAGGUAUGUUAUGUUGUGAUCGCCGGUCAAGUGGCCAGUGAUGUGCGCCGACGCCUAGCCAUGCGUGAGUGCCUCUAGACGCUGAGCGGCGCCCCGGUUCCGUCGGCCCUCGGCCCUUCGGCCUCUGGCCCCGUCGGACUCUAGAGGCCUAGACAAUGCAGGACCCCGUCUGGUUCGGCCAUGAGCUGCCGCGCAGCCUCUUGUACCAUAUCGAUGCUGAGACGGCUAAGUCAAAUUCGUCCGGCAGCAGCAUCAACUCCCCGCUGGGCGGGGGCUCGUGCAUGGCGGGCAACCCGUACGCCGUGCCGCUCUACGGCCAGCCCGUGCAGGGCUACGGCUGCGCGCCCGCCGACCUGCCGCACUACGGCGACAUGCGCGGCGCCUCCUGGUACCCCGCCUCCAACGACCCCAGGUUUGCCAUUUCCAGGCUGAUGACGUCCACGUCGGGCGGCAUGGGGCACGUCAACAACAUGGGCGGGCUGGCCGCGUGCGCGGGGCCCGACGCCAAGCCCAUGCAGUUCCCACUCGCGCAGAGGAGAAAGCGGCGAGUGCUGUUCACGCAGGCCCAGGUUUAUGAGCUGGAGCGGAGGUUUAAGCAGCAGAAGUACCUGUCGGCGCCGGAGCGCGAGCACCUCGCCUCGCUCAUACACCUCACGCCCACGCAGGUGAAAAUUUGGUUUCAAAACCACCGUUACAAGUGCAAGCGGCAAGCCAAGGAAAAAGCCAUGGCGGAGCAGAAUCAGCAUAAUCAGUCGUCGUCAUCCCCGCGGAGGGUAGCGGUGCCGGUGCUGGUGAAGGACGGCAAGCCGUGCGGCUCGGGCGAGUCCUCGUCGCCCGCGCACUGCGCCACGCCGACGUCCGGCUACGCGCAGCCGCAGGCCGCCUGCUCCAACCCGCUCGCCUCCUACCGCCAGCCCGCCUACCAGCAACAGUGCUCCGGCUACCUCCCCCUGCAGGGGCGGGCCUGGUAGAAGUUCCCCCAGCUUUAUCAUGAGACCAUGUUCAAGGAGGAGAUGUAUUUUGAUUAGGGAGGAGGUCACGCGGUUUGACUCAGCGACAACUAAAGAUACAGAUUCAUUUUCAUUAGAUUACAAAACUUAGGUUUUGAAGUUCAAUAAUUGAUUGAAACCUAUUAAAACAUAGAAUGUCAAUUUUCAAAUCUAGCGGUGUAACGUUUUUUUUUUAAUAUUGACUUUCCAUGAACAGUGUUGCCAGUUAAAAAAUAGGCUUAAAUUUCGGUGUUUUCUGUAAACAUUUUGUCAAACCGCGUUAUGAAAUGUAGUCUCCCUCAAGAACAUUGUCUCGGAUGAGGCCUGGCGGAACGGUCUGCCACAAGACAGUGACUUUAGUGACUCAGUGAAGUGACAGUGGUGUUUCUUAUCGGGCGGAGGGUAUGUACAUAGUUAGAUGUAAUUAAGCGCAAUUAAGGAUUUGACUCUUUUCUUUGUGAUAUACUUGUAACAUUCUUUUAAUAACGGCAUAGUUUUUCUGCUUUUCGGAUUUGAAACUCGUUAAGCACUCAGUUGAAAGAGUUAUCAAUGCUUUAGCCGCAAACUAAAACGGAAUCGUCACCAAGUGACAUGUCUUGUUUUUCACUAAAAGAAAAUAUUAUUUUUCAAUAUUUUUUAUACUUAGUUGUAUUCUUUGUUAAAUUUUGACUGUUUUAACAACCUCAAUGUGAUGCCAUCGUCAAUUUAAUUUCAUGUUCAAAAUCUACACUUUGAGUAAAUCCAUGGAAAUAUUUUGCAUACUUAUUUACCUAUUCCCUUUGCAAUCAUCAAUUAGGCUGAUACUGUAUAAAAACUUUUAUUUUGACAUGGUUGAUACAUGACAUGACAAAAUGCUGCCAUUUUUAUAUCUUCUGUGAGUACGCGUUUUGACAGUGUCUUAUCGAGUUAGAGGAAUAGACAACUUUUGAUAAAAAUGUAUCUUCUCAUUCUCAGUGACAUUCAUACCGCUUUUAAGACUAUGAUUUUUUUCCUCUAUGAUUAUUAUUUAAAAAAAUAAAUGACUUAAUUUACAUAUUUGGAAAAAUUCUUGAAUUUGUUUCGAAUGUUGUCCAGAUGUCACUAUUCCUUUAAUAUGUAAUAAUAUUCGAAUAUUUCCGUGUCAACGGUCCCAAGCAAUAGUAGUAUAAGCUAAAUGAAGUGGAUAUUUAAGAUAAGUCCGAUAACGAACUAUCUCAAAUAUCCAUUUUAUAUUUUCACCGUUCUACGCUUAAUUUUAUUUUGCAUACUUUGGAAGAGUUUUAACAAAUACUUAAAGUAUUUUUACAAGUAAAUCUCAUUGUAAAUAACUGAUAUUGUGCCAGUAAAUUGAUGUGUGAAUAGUAAUACAGUCGGUGUUCGUGUGUGUAGAUAUUACGUACUUGUACAUAUAGGCGCGUAAUGUGUUAGGUAGGGACCUGACCCGAUGGAAACCUAGACCAGUUUCUCUUUGUUGCUAAUAAAUUUAAAUAUUUAUAAAUUUGAGUAGGAACUUUAUUACUUAGUAAAUUGAUGCCGAUUUCCGCGUCGAAAUUGAGUCGUUCAAGGAGUUCUCUUUAUUUACAAACUGGUCAAAGUUUCUCAACAACGAAUAAAAUUUGUGCCAAUAAACGUUAUUACAUUCCAUGGUUGAUAUUUUAAUAUUGCCGACUCAUGUCGCGGGCGAACGGAUGCAAUAAAAUAUUCAGAUCGCCAAAAUGUCGCUGUCUAUACCUGUCCUACAAGGAAUAGUAUUUUGUUGUACUUAAAUAUAUUUUUCAUUAGAGUUUAAUAGAGUCUUUGAAUUGCCAUUUUAUUGUAGAGAAAUAAAAUUUAGUAAGAAUUUACAAAGUGCACCGGCAACCCUGUGUUGAUUGGAAGAUUCAUAGCAAUAAGCCCCUAACGUACCUUAGACUUACGCCACACUUGUAACAACGGAAGAAAAUUGUAAUUAAUGUUUUCCAACUUUAUUUAUAUGUUCUGGAAUAGAUCAAUGUAAUUAUGUAGGUAUAGGGGAAGUAAUUAUAAAAUAAUUAUAAAUAAUAGUAAUAAUAACGAGAAGGAAUUUGUAACUAUAAUGUGAAAAUGGAAGUGUAAUGAAUUUCAAUUUAUAAAAUUAGGUA